AUGGGUUUCUCGAUGCAGCCAUAUGGAAUCCAAUCGAUGCUUAAAGAAGGUUACAGGCAUCUCUCGGGCUUAGACGAGGCGGUUAUUAAGAACAUUGAAGCUUGCAAGGAGCUCUCCACCAUUACUCGCACUUCUUACGGCCCCAAUGGGAUGAAUAAAAUGGUUAUUAAUCAUUUAGAUAGACUAUUUGUCACAAGUGAUGCUGGUACUAUUGUGAAUGAACUGGAGAUUCAGCACCCUGCUGCGAAAAUUCUUGUUUUAGCUGCCAAGGCUCAGCAAGAAGAGAUUGGAGAUGGAGCCAAUCUGGUUAUCUCUUUUGCUGGUGAGCUUCUUCAGAACGCUGAGGAGCUUAUCAGGAUGGGGCUGCAUCCUAGUGAGAUCAUUAGUGGAUACCUUAAAGCAACCAUUAAGGUUGUUGAAAUUCUGGAACAACUUGUUGAGAGUGGUUCUGAGACCAUGGAUGUGCGUAACAAGGAAGAAGUUGUAUUUAGGAUGAGAGCAGCUGUUGCAAGCAAGCAGUUUGGGCAAGAGGAGAUAAUAUGCUCUUUAGUUGCUGAUGCAUGCAUUCAAGUCUGCCCGAAGAAUCCAACUAACUUCAAUGUGGAUAAUGUCCGUGUUUCCAAGCUUUUGGGAGGAGGUCUUCACAAUUCCUGUAUUGUCCGUGGUAUGGUCUUGAAAAGUGAUGCUGUUGGGAGCAUAAAGCGAAUGGAGAAGGCCAAGGUUGCUGUGUUUGCCGGUGGCGUUGAUACUAAUGCGACAGAGACAAAAGGAACUGUUCUGAUUCAUAGUGCUACGCAGUUAGAGAAUUACGCUAAAACAGAAGAAGCUAAAGUUGAGGAGUUGAUCAAGGCUGUUGCUGAAUCAGGAGCCAAAGUCAUUGUUAGUGGGGGACCUGUUGGAGAAAUGGCAUUGCAUUUCUGUGAGCGUUACAAGAUAAUGGUAUUGAAGAUCAGCUCAAAGUUUGAACUGAGGCGUUUCUGCCGAACAGCUGGGGCUGUCGCUCAUUUGAAGCUUAGCCGGCCAAGCCCUGAUGACCUGGGAUAUGUUGAUUCUAUUUCCGUUGAGGAAAUUGGUGGUGUGACAGUUACGAUUGCAAGAAAUGAGGAGGGUGGUAACUCCAUUUCUACAGUGGUUUUGCGUGGGAGCACAGAGAGCAUUUUGGACGACCUUGAAAGAGCUGUUGACGAUGGAGUUAAUACAUACAAGGCCAUGUGCAGAGACAGCCGUAUUCUUCCUGGGGCUGCAGCUACUGAGAUAGAAUUGGCUCAGAGAUUGAAGGAAUAUGCCAAUGCAGAAACAGGGUUGGACAAAUAUGCCAUCUCCAAAUACGCAGAGAGCUUCGAGUUUGUUCCCAAAACUCUUGCAGAUAAUGCUGGCCUCAAUGCAAUGGAAAUCAUAGCCUCUCUGUACACUGGACACGGAUCUGGAAACACAAAGCUAGGCAUUGAUUUGGAGGAAGGUGCUUGUAAAGAUGUCUCAGAGACAAAAGUAUGGGAUCUAUUUGCAACCAAGUUAUUUGCUCUCAAGUAUGCUUCUGAUGCUGCAUGCACGGUGCUUCGCGUAGACCAGAUUAUAAUGGCGAAACAAGCAGGAGGGCCAAACAGAGCCGCUGCUGCAGCCGCAGGUGCAGGCGGGGACGAAGACUAA